AUGAACAGUUUUGGCGUCAUCGAGCUCGCCGGCGGCAAGACGACGGCCGCGCCGGGCUGGGCCUACGUUCCAGACACGGGUCCAAAUCCCGGCUCGGCCGGCAUUCAGCCUGCGAACCGCAAACGAGCCCGCAACGCCCCCGGGGUUGGCCUCAGUCUCGGAGACCUCUCUGCGCGGCAGGAGGCCAAGGCGCGUAAGGAAGUCGAGGCGCUGGACCGAGAUGGCGGCAGGGAUAGCUCGAUUCCGCUGUCUGUCAAGAGCGGAAGAGCCCAUGUCAAGUACACGCCCAACGUGCGCAAGAUCAUGCAGUCGCAAAAGACGUUUGCGAACCACCUCGACGACUUCCUCGCCAUGCAAGCGCUUGCAGACGCCGCCUCAAACGCUCACAGCGGCAACACCAGACCGGGCGGCUCUGGGCCGAGCAGUAACAAGCGCCCGGCGCCGGGCAAGAAGGAGGCGCCCGCCAAACAGCCACCCAAGGCCGAAGACACGCCCAUGGUUGACGCCGAGUCCGCCGCCCCCAUCCUCCUGCCGCCGUGCCGACCCGCGCCGGCCGCUCACCCCGAAGACAGCAACCCGUUGCUCGUGUCGCGCGUGCCCGAGAUACCUUCGGACGAGGAGCUACGGAAACUGCUGGCUCAUCCGCCGCUAACCUAUCUGGAGGCCCGAGGGACGUGGGACGACUUUUAUCCAACAAGAGCCUUUUGCGAGGUGUGCGGUUAUUGGGGGCGAGUGCGGUGCAUGAAGUGUGGGACGAGGGUCUGCGCGUUGGACUGUCUGGAAACGCACAGGGCGGAGUGCGUCACGAGGUACGGCCUAUGA